GCUCCCCGGCUCACUCUCACUCCCUCGCUCACCGAAAGCCUCGAGCCGCGGCGGCCCACGGAGCGCGCUCCCCACAGCUCCUCUCUGCCGAGACGCUGGGCAAGCUGUGGAACACACGAGUCCCCCACGGAGAGAGACGCUCCCCCACCCCCCAAACAAAGAGAAAAAGGCAAAGAUGUCUUCCUACGUCUCCGCCGAAUGCCGCCGCGUCAGCCCCUGCGUCCGCGGCAACAAGUUCGACACGGCGCACCGCAAGAAGGCCGUGCCCAACAUCUUCGAGAACGUCAACCAGGAGUCGGUGAUGAGGCUCUUCCAGAAAACGGGCGACGUGAAGGCGGAGGAGAGGGUGAGGAGCAUCUUCUCCUACACCCUGGACCCGGAGGAGACGGCCCGGGCUCUGAUGGCUCUGAAGCAGAGGAAGAAGGAUAAGUUCCUGCAGAUCGCGGGCAUGGUCCGCCAGCUGCUCAAGAUGCGCUGACCGCGCUCGAGCGCUCCUCUCUUUUCUUUGCCCCGCCCGGCGUCUCUCGGGCUCGCGCCUGAGCCGAGUGUGAAAACGCUGCCCGUGCGACUGGGGCACCGCCGAGAUGCGCUCCCUGCAGCGCGCGCCCCCCCCAACGCCGCCGCAGCGCGCCUCCGCACCACGCCGAGAGGGGCCACACGUCGCGGCCUCGUGGGCCGGACGCAGGUGACCGGGUCCCUCUAGCUGGAGCCGGAGGGACUCCCCGAACUGACGGGCACAUGCACACGUGUGAACCGAGACUUGGUUUCAUGGACUCAUUCCUCUGGAUGCCCGACUGUGAAGCAGCGACCCCCCCCCCCCCCCCCCAACCCCCAGCCCGCCCGUGCAAGGUGCGCGUGGCCGCGCUGAUGGUUGGUGCACAGCUGCAAUCUGAGACUUUAUGGUGCUGAAGAAUCUGCCAACACGAAUGCCUGUCAAGAACAAAUGCCUUGUCUCUCAGUUUUGUCGAAAAAAUACUCGUUGGGGGGCCACUGAUGUUGUUAUUGUCACACAACCUUUGUGACCAUGUGAUGUGCAUUUAUGAUGUGUUCUUUUGUACAUUUUUAAAAAAAUAAAUAAUUUAUUUUAUAUACAAAAUCUGA